AUGGUCAGGUUGGGAUGCAAAGUCUCACACAUCGUCACUGUGGGCUCCUACCGCAAUUACAGCGCGAUUGCUGCCCUCCUUAUCGAGAAUGGGCAUGAAGAUAUAGAGCAUCAGUACUUCCGAAUGUCUGACUGGUUACGACCAGACGAAGAAUUGGAUUUGAAGGUUGAGCUGAGUGAAGCUUUACAGGUGCCUGGCGAAAAGUCUUAUGGUCUGGUGAAUAGCAUCCGUUUCCACUUGCAGGCUCUACAAUCUGCAGUGCAGCCUAUGGGCACUGAAGACAGAAUUGUGCUCCUUCAUUGCGACCAGGGCCACAAUCGCUCUCCGACUCUGGCUUUGUCGUUCUUUCUCUACAACGGCCACAAUUUGCGACAGGCUUACCAAAGGCUAUUGCAGGCAAGGCCUGAUGUGGAUCCGUUGCCCCCCUACCGGCGGGGUUUGCAGACUUUGGAAUCUGAGCUCUACGGCGAGCAAACAGUGUUCGAGCAUGAUUAUUUUGCCAGACACAUCACAGAGCUGACGCUUGGAAGCAUUUUGCAAGUGUCGCCAGGUUGA